UAAAUACAAAUAUUCAUACAAUUUUUACUACUAAAUAACUAAAACAACCAUGUUUUUUAAAGGUAUUCAGUGCGUAAAAUCCCAGGACGCAUAUGUGCGUCGCCCGGACCCAAAGGGUUAAAUAACUAAUUGUUCGUUUUUCAAAUCAAUACUAAACAAUAAGAUUGUAUUUUGCGAUUUAAUUUAUCAUUCAAAUCAUUGACUAAUAUAAAGGUAGAAAAGAACACGCUUAUAAGAGUAUCGUUUGAAGUGAUUAAUCAAUUUUAAGUUCAGACUCUGUAAAUUAGGUAGAUUUCAAUAAGGUAUGAAAAAUAUAAAUACCGUCAACCCUGUCUUGUUGUGUUAUAGGCAUUUUACUGAAAUUUUAGUAUGGGAUACAGUAUGUAUCAAUAAAUCGGAUAACGAGAUUUCGAUCAGAGAUUUUUCUCAGCAGUAUAUCAAGUUGUAAUUAGAAUACUCUGAACAAUACAGCACCAACGAAUUUGAUUAUUGUUCAAGAAUAUGUUGAGAGAUUGAUUUAGAAUGAAACUGUCUCGAAGAGGUCUUAUUAUCCUGAGCUCAAAGGAUCAGUGUCGCUAAUUCCAAUUAAACUAAUAAAAUGGUAGACAUACUGAAGAUUAGACUAGAACCAUAUUUUAAAAAUAUAUUGCAACGAGCGCUUCGUGUCGUAAGGUAUGUCAUAUCUUCAAUUGGUGUGUAGCUCUGAGAAAAAGUUCAUAUAUCAAAAUCCUAUUAUUCGAUUUACAUGUCUAUACCGUUAUUAAACGCUGAAACUUCAGUAAAAUGUUUAUAAUUCAGCAAGAAAGAGUGAAGAAUUUUACAGAGUUUGAACUCAAAAACGAUCAAUCUGUUCGAUUAAGAAUUCCUCUUGGUGAGUAAGCUAUCUCCAUUCUAUUAAUUAUGUAUUUGAGUGACAGAAUAUGUUAAAUAACAUAAGAUCAUAUUUGAAUUGCGAAAUGUUUUUGUAUAUAUAAAAUUAAAUUCUUUGUUUUUAGCUGCUAAUCGUUGUCGUUUAUUAAAAGCUGAACUUUGGGAUAUAGAAACAAUAAAUGAAUUUGAUUAUGUUCUCGGUCAUAUAUAUGAACAAACUCAAUCAUUUGAUAGUCCUCGAAUUGCCGUUAAUUUUACCAUGGGAAAACAUUUAUUAAAUUUACAACAAAGAAUGGGUGAACAACAAUUUAUAUCGGUUGGAAAUAGAAAUGAUUAUUCAUUAAUAUAUAAACCAUUACCUGAUAUACCACCUGCAAAUAUAUGUUUAAUUAUUGAUAUAAGUAAAGCAACACGACGUAUAUCAUUAGAAGAAAAAUUUCGUUUAGAACGACGAAGUAAUCAUUAUAUUUGUAAAAUGAAAAUAAAUAGUUGUUAUAAUAAUACACGUUGUGGUCAUUAUGGGCAAUGUAAAAAUUUAGUUACUAAAUAUAAAUGUGUAUGCAAUUUUAUGUAUACUGGAGAAUAUUGUGAUCAAUUGAAUAGUCGUGGUAUUCAAUCAAUAAUUGGUGUUAUUUUUAUUUGUUUGGCAAUAUUAAUACUUUUUUUUCAUUCAACUUAUCAUUUUCUAUGUCGAUUACGAGAUAAAGAUAAAAAUUCAAUUAAUAAAAACAAGUAA